CGCCCGCACCCGUUCGGCCCGGAUUGGCCACGGCGGCGGCCCGUCGCGUCUCUCUGCGGAACCGUCGGAGCGACGCCGGGCUCAGUCGGCGGCUCUGGAGGGAAGAUGGACGCAGCUACUCUGACCUACGACACUCUCCGAUUUGCUGAGUUUGAAGAUUUCCCCGAAACCUCGGAGCCUCUUUGGAUCCUGGGUCGAAAGUACAGCAUCUUCACAGAAAAGGACGAGAUCUUGGCCGAUGUGGCGUCGAGACUUUGGUUUACAUACAGGAAGAACUUCCCGGCCAUUGGGGGCACCGGCCCCACCUCGGACACGGGCUGGGGCUGCAUGCUACGGUGUGGACAGAUGAUCUUUGCCCAAGCCCUGGUGUGCCGGCACCUGGGCCGAGACUGGAGGUGGACGCGGCGGACGAGGCAGCCGGACAGCUACUUCAGCGUCCUGCACGAGUUCCUGGACAGGAAGGACAGCUGCUACUCCAUCCACCAGAUAGACGGAGGUGCGGGUAGAGCCCUGAACUCGCUCGCCUGGGCCAUGUCCCCAGUCCUGCUGCCCGGUGCAGGUCGGUGGGGAGGGGACAUCUUGAGGAGGAGUCUGUCCCUUUGGGAGGACGCGUCCUGGUGCCAGUCAGGAGCUCGUGCCCAAGCACAAAUGGGAGUCGGCGAGGGCAAGUCCAUCGGCCAGUGGUACGGGCCCAACACCGUCGCCCAGGUCCUCAAGAAGCUCGCCGUCUUCGACACGUGGAGCGCCCUGGCCGUUCACGUAGCGAUGGACAACACGGUGGUGAUGGAGGACAUCAGAAGGUUGUGCGGGAGCAGCCUGCCUUGUGCCGGGGCCGCAGCGCUUCCUGCAGGUUCCGAGCCGCGCUGUAACGGGCUCCCGGCCGGCCCUGAGGUCGCCAGCAGGCCGUCACCAUGGAGACCGCUGGUGCUGCUGGUCCCGCUGCGCCUGGGGCUCACGGACAUCAAUGCGGCCUACGCGGAGACCCUGAAGCACUGCUUCAUGAUGCCCCAGUCCCUGGGCGUGAUCGGAGGGAAGCCCAACAGUGCCCGCUACUUCAUCGGCUACGUGGGUGAGGAACUCAUCUACCUGGACCCUCACACCACGCAGCCAGCCCUGCAGGCCUCUGAGCACUGCCCGAUCCCGGACGAGAGCUUCCACUGCCAGCACCCGCCCAGCAGGAUGAGCAUCGCAGAGCUCGACCCGUCCAUCGCCGUGGGCUUUUUCUGUGGGACCGAGGACGACUUUAACGACUGGUGCCAGCAAGUGAAAAAGCUAUCCCUCCUUGGAGGCGCGCUGCCAAUGUUUGAGCUGGUGGAGCGGCAGCCUUCCCACUUGGCCUGUCCUGACGUCCUGAACUUGUCCUUAGAUGCUUCUGACGUAGAGCGACUGGAAAGAUUCUUUGACUCAGAAGAUGAAGACUUUGAAAUCUUGUCCCUUUGAGGAUCCUGCAGUUGGGGGACGGUCUCACUGGCCCUGCAGGGGCGCUCGGCCGCCGCAUCUCAUCC